AUGACGGAAGCCAAGGUAGUGCUGGAGUCCGUAGACCUUAAGAGGCUGGGAUCGUUGGAUCUCGAUAAGUUGGAGUCCUUGGAAAGUAUCAGGGAGGAGGUUCAGGAUUCACUCAACGAGUUAGAUGUGAAGGCAACUGAUCGAGGUGAUUCCUUAGAAGCCAUGGUGGUGGCUUUAAGGAAGGAAGUUGAGGAACUCAAGAGCAAGGGUUUCGAUUCUGAGGUGGUCGAGCUAAAGAGGGAGUUCGAGUUGCUCAAGACCGAGUUAUUGGUGUGCAAAGCUGCGUUCAGGAAUAGCGUAGCCACGAUUGCACCCAAAGCCUUGGGUAACAUCCCUAAGCCGGAGAAGUUCAAAGGAACCAGAUCCGUCCAGGAUGUUGAGAAUUUCCUUUGGGGGUUGGACCAAUGCAACGACGUGAAGCGUGGGAACACUACCAUCAAGACCAGGGCAGAAUUCCAAGAUGAGUUCAAAGAAUUGUUCUACCCGGAGUAUGCUGAGGAUGAGGCGCGGUCCAAGUUGAGGCGUCUCAAGCAAGAAGGGUCAUUGAGGGAGCAUGUUCGAAAGUUUGUCGAACUAAUGCUCCAAGUCCCGAAUUUGAGUGAAGAGGAUAGGUUCUUCACCUUCAUGGAUGGGUUGAAACCAUGGGCGAAGAACGAGCUAAGGCGACGAGGAGUUAAGGAACUCUCGGUUGCCUUGACGACGGUCGAGUCAAUCAUUGAGCUUGGCGUCAAGAAGGGCCAAGGGCAUUUGGCGAGGGACUGUCCGCAUAAGAAUAAACUCUCGGCCAUCAAGGAGAAAGAUGGGGAGGAGAGUGAGACUCUAAAGCUUGGCUCCAUCCUUAGCACCAUGGAGGUUAAGAAAGAUCGAAGAAGAAGGGUGGACACUGGUGCCUCAGAGUUAUUCAUGUCAGAACCAGUUAUCAAGAGACUUGGUCUUCAUGUCGAGAAGGCAAGUGGUUCUAUCAAGACCGUCAAUGCCAAAGAGGUUCCGAUUGCGGGGGUCGUAAAGGCAAUUGAGUUAACUAUUGGAGGUUGGUCCAGAACGAAAGCCAUCAAGCAACAGUGCAUUGCUCCAGUGAGCCGAGGGCCCGGAGUAGGGGCCAAAGUUCUAUCCGUAAUUCAAUUCUCGAAGGCAGUGCGCAAGGAGGAAUCGUCAUUCUUAGCUGUCUUGGUGUGUGAUGAGCCAGCCACAACCAAGGAAGUUCCUGACGUGGUGAGCCACGUGUUGGCAGAAUUCCAAGAUGUGAUGCCUGCCGAGUUACCUCCAAAGAGGGAGGUGGAUCACAAGAUUGAGCUUGUGCUGAAUGCGGAGCCACCCGCUCGAGCUUCUUACAUAAUGGCUCCGCCCGAGUUGGAGGAGAUGCACAGACAGUUGAAGGAUCUCUUCGAUGCCGGGUACAUCCAACCAUCCAAGUCCCCCUAUGGUGCCCCAAUGUUGUUUCAUAAGAAGCACGAUGGUUCUUUACGGAUGUGCAUCGAUUACCGAGCUUUAAAUAAGCUCACGGUGAAGAACAAGUACCUGAUUCCUCUCAUUGCGGACUUGUUCGAUCAAUUUGGUGGUGCAAGGUGGUUCACCAAGUUGGAUUUGAGAUCAGGCUAUUACCAAGUCAGGAUAGCCGAGGGAGAUGAACCGAAGACAGCCUGUGUGACUAGGUACGGUUCGUAUGAAUACCUUAUGAUGCCCUUUGGCCUCACGAAUGCUCCAGCCACGUUCUACACCCUGAUGAAUAAGGUGUUGCAACCUUUUCUGGAUCGAUUCGUUGUUGUCUACCUCGACGACAUCGUCAUCUACAACAAGACGUUGGAGGAGCAUGUUGAACACUUGAAGCAAGUGUUUCUAGUGUUGCGAGAGAAUGAGCUCUUUGUCAAAGAGGAGAAGUGCUCAUUCGCCAAAACGGAGGUUCCUUUCCUUGUCCACAUUAUUGAAGGUGGUAAGAUCUGGAUGGAUAGGGACAAGGUUCGAGCCAUUGAUGAAUGGCAAGUGCCAACCAAGAGGUUUGUCAAAGGUUACUCAAAAAUCGCAGCCCCCUUAACCGAGUUAUUGAAGAAAGACAAGGCGUGGGAUUGGGGCCUGAAGUGUCAAAGUGCCUUUGACGAAAUCAAGCUUGCUAUGACAAGCAAGCCAGUUUUGGUGUUGCCAGAUCACACCAAGCCCUUUGAAGUAUUCAUUGAUGCAUCCGACAUUUCCAUUGGUGGGGUCCUGAUGCAAGAGGGACAUCCGGUUGCUUAUGAAAGCCGGAAGCUCAAUGAGACCGAGAGGAGAUAUACGGUCCAUGAGAAAGAGAUGACUUCAGUUGUGCACUAUUUGCGCACAUGGCGACAUUACUUACUUGGGUCCAAGUUCGUGGUGUUUACAGACAAUGUUGCCAACAGUUACUUCUUAAACCAGAAGAAGUUGUCACCGAAGCAGGCUCGUUGGCAAGAGUUCCUUGCCGAGUUUGACUUGUCCUUGGAGCACAAACCUGGGAAAGUGAAUUCCAUGGCCAAUGCCUUAAGCCGAAGGUGUGACAUGGAGUUUGUGAGUUUGUCGAUGGGACAAAUGCGGGAGCGCAUCAAAGAGGGGUUGUCACAUGAUCCGAUAGCCCCUUCAUUGAUUGAGCUUGCCAAGGAGGGCAAGACUAGAAAGUUUUGGCUAGAUGGAGGCUUGUUGUAUGCUCGAGGACACCGCCUCUAUGUGCCAUAA